AAUGGAAUAGGAUCUAAAAGGAGCUGCCAUCUAAUCUCUAUAGACAACUGAUGAUACUGCUAGGACUAAGCGACCAUAUAAUAAAAUUUCUUAAGAAUUACGUGCAUAAAUUUUACAUGCUUUAACUGUUGAGAAAAUCCCUCUUUCUGAAGUAGCAAUUUGAAUGAGACUUAGGUGGCAUAAAAAUAUCAAACUAAACCUUGCACAUGCAAAGCCAUUUUGCUUACUUAUGAAUUGGAGGGGAGAAGUGAAAAGAAAACUUCUAGAAGAGAAAGAGUUGAAAUAGAAUCGAAAAUUAGAAUAGUUAUAUUGGAUCCUUUUGGUAAUAAGCAUUCAAAUUAUGAAAAUUCUGUAUUUUCAAAAGUAUGUACUUUAGAUUUCAUAUAUAAAAAUAGCUAUAUACAGAAGACAAAGAACUAAGUACAAACGAAGAAUUUAAUAUUUAGAAAAAGGUUAUACAAGAAGUGAGUUAGCAAUUAGGUGAAUUAUAGACGAGUUGUUAUCAUUUACAAUCUCAAUAGAGUUAAACUCAAAAUGAUGAACAUGCUCCUGAUAAUAUUUUAAGAGGACUAAAUAUGGGUUUGCAUUUGGUUACAUCCAAACUUAGAGAAAGUUAAAUUACAUUUAACAAGAAAACAAAUAAAGAAGUAAAGGAGACUAAUAAAUAAUCUAAUAAAGUGAAUAAUUAUAUUAAUAAGAAUGAAAUACCAUUUUAAACAAAUUACACCUAAAUUUAGUAAUUUUUGAAGAAUGUUGAAAUCAAAUCAGAAAGUAAUCCUUACAUUUUAGAUCAAUUGAACCAAUUGACUAAUCAAACUAUAUUAUAAAUGAAAUUAAUCUAAAAAAUUUAGUAAAGAGACUAAUAAAUAAGAUAAUUUCAAUAAUAAGUGGGUAUAAUCAUUAGAAAAUGUUUCGAAUGCCAAUCUUGA